AUGGUUACAGCGCAAGUGGUGUUCAAAUUACCACGGCCACUUCCAGAGUUUAACACCACUACCGACUAUUUCAUCCAAAGUGAUCCCAAACAACCACGCCAGCAUCCAAUAACCAACUUUGGUUUAAAAGAUCAAUGGACUUGGGAUUCCUUGAUUGAACAAAUCAAACUCCUCCCCAGUCAUAAACUAUUCUUGUUGCAACGUCAUGGAGAAGGAUACCAUAAUAUAGCACCAGCCAAUUAUUCCAAGCAUGAAUGGAACUGCUACUGGCAAUUGAGAUCCGGGAACGGGGAAGUAGAAUGGGAAGAUGCCAGAUUGACACCUACGGGCCAAGCACAAAUCACUUCACUCCAAAAGCAAAUAACCAACACUGAGAACUUCCCCCGUCCACACGCAUUCUAUGUCAGUCCAUUAAGAAGAACCCUUGAAACUUGGGAAUUGACAUGGUAUGACCAAGGUGAAGUAGCCACUAUUAAAGAGUUGGCCAGAGAGACAUAUGGGAUCGGAACCGAAAGCAAACGCCAUAGCAAAACAUAUAUUGAAACCCAUUAUCCCGGAUUCGCAUUUGAAUUGGGAUUCACAGAAUCUGACGAGUUAUGGAAUCCCGAUUUCCAUGAACUGGAACAACACCGCAACUAUCGUGCUGCCAAACUUUUACAAGAAAUAUUCAACGAGAAUCAGGAGAAUAAUGUAAUCAGUUUAGUUGCCCAUUCUGGAUUGAUUAAAUCCAUUUUACAAGUAAUUGGUCAUCGUAAAUGGCCAAUGUAUACUGGAGAAUUGAUUCCAGUAGUGAUUGCCAUGACUUACGACAGUAAAACAUAUUCGUUGGAUGAUCCUUGGAGAUCUUUGAAAGACGUUUGUAAGGUUUAAUCAGUAUUUAAUUAAAUAAUUACAGCCAAUUUAUACGCUGAACGAU